AUGAUCGGCCCACUCACCAGCCCACCCUUCCCCAUAGUUAGAAUAAGCCCCAUCGGAAUAGCUACCAGGAAAUAUUCGGGCAAAAAGAGGCUAAUUAUAGACCUCUCAGCACCUCGCGGCUCCUCAACCCCAAGCAUCAACAGCCUCAUCCCCAGCGCAGACUACUCCAUGCAGUACACAACAAUUGGCCAUGCCACAUCCCUCAUCCGCCUCGCAGGCCGAGGAGCCUGGCUGUCCAAAGCUGACAUCACCAGCGCUUUUAAAAUAAUGCCCAUCCACCCGGAUUACUGGCACCUCUUCGGCGUCUCCUGGAACGGCGCUUACUACUUUGCCGUACGCCUGACCUUCGGGUGCAAAAGCAGCCCCAAAAUCUUUAACUGCUUAUCCGAGGCACUCUGUUGGGUCCUAGCGAAUGUCCAUAAACUCCCCUACGUCAUCCACCUCUUGGACGACUUCCUCACCGUCACACCACCUUCCUCCCCCCCGGCACACGGCCUCCAUGCCCUGACCUCCUUGUUCCAGGAACUCGGCGUCCCUCUUUCUGCAGAGAAAACCGCAGGUCCCAGCACGUCACUGGAAUUCCUCUGCAUCACCCUCGACUCGGUCCUAUUCCAAGCGUCUCUACCCCUCGAGAAAAUCAACCGCAUUUCCCUAAUUAUCUCCAAUUUCCUCCUGACCCCCACAUGCACCAAGCGCCAACUCCUCUCACUGCUAGGCCACCUUAAUUACGCCAUUCGUAUCAUUCCCCAAGGUCGUUCCUUCUUGUCCCACCUUCUCUCAGUCGCCGCUUCCGCCGAAAACCUCCAGACACACGUCACGCUCGACAACGCAUGCCAAACAGAGCUUAAACUAUGGCACCAGUUCCUCUCCUCGUGGAAUGGAAUCUCCUUCUUCUAUGAUGACCACAUUACAAAACCGGAAGACAUCCAGCUCUACACAGACGCAGCACCCUCAAUAGGCUUCGGCGGCCUCUUCGGCAACAAAUGGUUUUCAGCCGAUUGGCCGGUGGAAUUUGCGUCCUUGACUCCCUCCUCCGCGAUCUCAGAAUUAUAUCCCAUCGUCAUCGCAGCCAUUCUUUGGGAGCAUGAAUGGUCCAAAAAGACAAUAACUUUUUACACCGACAACAGCGCAGUAGUUGACAUAAUCAACAAAGGGCGGUCACGCUGCCUAGACAUCAUGCAGUUCAUGCGCAGACUAACCCUAAUUUCAGCCCGGUGUCAGUUCAUCAUCAGAGCCACCCACAUCCCAGGUCACAAAAACCUCAUCGCCGAUUCACUCUCCCGUUUCUCAUUUCAGAAAUUCAAACGAUUAGCACCAGCCUCGGAACCCCAGCCGACUCCGGUCCCACCGUUUUCAGCCACCAUCUUCAUCUGACCCCUCAACUACGACACCUGAUCUCCGCCUCCCAAGAUGCCAUCAUCACUAGCGUCGCACCACGAACACUGUCUUCGUACCUCACAGGAUGGCACAGCU